UCCUGUGCACGCUCCCAUUUCUCCUGUGCAUUUUGGGGAAGAGUGUGUGUGACUGUCUUUGUGACCUACCGUGGAGAGAGAGAGAGACUACCUGAGGAUGAAGCUGGUGUUUGUUGCUACGUUUGCUCUCUUUGCUCUCAGCUCUGUGAAUAGAGUGGAUUCUUCAGCCUACGACAAGAUAGUGACACACAGCCGCAUCCGGGCCAGAAUCCAGGGACCCAAUGUGUGUGCCCUACAGCAGGUGAUGGGCACUAAGAAGAAGUACUUCAGUACGUGUAGGAACUGGUACAAGGGCUCCAUCUGUGGGAAGAAGGCGGUGGUUCUGUAUGAGUGUUGUCCUGGCUACAUGAAGCUGGAAGGCAUGAAAGGAUGCCCUGCAGUGGCUCCUAUAGACCAUGUGUAUGGCACAUUGGGCCUGGUGAAGGCUAGUACCACACAGGAGUAUUCUGACCUUUCUAAGCUGAGGGAGGAGAUCGAAGGGAAGGGAUCAUUCACUAUGUUCACCCCGAGCAACGAAGCCUGGGACCUGCUGGAACCUGAGGUGCGUAGUGCCUUGGUGAGCAAUGUGAACGUAGAGCUGUACAACGCCCUGCACUACCACAUGGUCAACCGGCGCAUGCUAACGAAAGAUCUGAAGAACGACAAGUAUAUCACCUCCAUGUACAACAACAUGGGACUCUACAUCAAUCACUACUCCAAUGGGAUCGUCACAGUGAACUGUGCCAGGAUUAUCCAUGGUAACCAGGUGGCGACCAAUGGGGUGGUCCAUGUCAUCGACCGUGUCAUCACCGCCGUGGGCAACACUAUCAAGGAUAUCCUGGACGUCAACGAAGACCUCUCCUCCUUCAGCGCUGUAGCCUUGGCCUCAGGGGUGAUGGAUAAAAUGGGCCAGCCAGGUCACUUCACCCUGUUUGCUCCCACCAACGAGGCCAUGGAGAACCUCGGGGCCAGCUUCCUGGAACGCAUCAUGGGAGACAAGGAAGUCAUCGGAGCCCUGGUGAACUACCACCUGUUAAACAGUGUGCAGUGCUCUGAGGCCAUCAUGGCUGGGUCUGUGUACGAGACAGUGGAGGGCAGCACCAUUGAGAUCGGCUGUGACGGAGACAGCCUGACGGUCAACGGCAUCAAGAUGGUCCUGAAAAAAGACAUUGUCACCUCCAACGGAGUCAUCCACCUCAUCGACAAGGUCCUCAUACCUGACUCAGCCAAGGAGGUGAUGGAGCUGGUUGGUGAAUCCCAGAGCACCUUCAGUGACAUGGUGUCAGAGCUCGGCCUAUCAGCUGCCAUGAAGCCAGAGACAGAGUACACGCUAUUGGCUCCCCUCAACCCUGCAUUCUCUGAUGAGGUCAUGUCUAUAGACCAGAGUACGCUCAAGGUGAUCCUAGAGAACCACAUCCUGAAGUUAAAACAUACGCUGAGUGAACUCUACAAUGGACAACUGUUAGAAACCAUCUCCGGAAAGCUAUUGCGUGUCUUCAUCUACCGCACAGCUGUGUGUAUAGAGAAUGCCUGCAUGGUGCGAGGCAGUAAAGAGGGCAGCAACGGAGCUCUUCAUCUGAUGAGUUCUCUCAUCAAACCAGCUCAGACCACCAUCUACCAACUUCUCAUGUCUGAUGGACGCUUUAAUAUCUUCCUGUCUCUGAUGGAGAGUGCAGGUCUGACAGAGCUGUUGAAACAGGAGGGAUCCUACACCGUGUUCGCCCCAACAGACGAAGCCUUCGACGGUCUAACAGAGCAGGACAUCACCAUGCUCACCAGCGACGUGAACAUCCUGAGGACCAUUCUGCUGUACCACUUCAGCAACGGCGUCUUCAUCAACGGGGGACUGGAGGGAGGGGUCACCAACCUGCUCAAGACCAUCCAGGGACACAACCUGCAAGUGCUGUCUGUGAACAGCUCCAUCAACGUCAACUCGGUGGACGUGCCAGAUAUUGACCUGAUGGCCACCAACGGAGUGAUCCACGUUGUGAAGAACAUUCUCUACCCCGGGGACCUGCCUGUGGGUCGUGAGGACCUGCUGGUGUUGCUGAAAAGACUCAUCAAGUACAUCCAGAUCAAGUAUGUCUCUGGAUUCUCCUACACCGAAAUCCCCCUCACCUUCAUCAAGAGGACAGUCACCACGACAACAACCCACAUCAGAGUAGAAUCAGUGCCUGAAAUCACAACAAUGACAAGAGUGAUUAAAGGAGAGCCAACUGUCACCAAGGUAACAAGGGUCAUCGACGGCGAACCCACUAUCACCAAGGUUACCAGGGUCAUCGAGGGCGAACCCAUUAUCACCAAGGUUACUCGAGUCGUUGAGGGCGAGCCAACCUUCACCAAGGUGACAAGGGUCAUCGAGGGCGAACCCAUUAUCACCAAGGUUACUAGAGUCGUUGAGGGCGAGCCAACCUUCACCAAGGUGACAAGGGUCAUCGAAACGGAACCCAGUUUAACCAAGGUGGUCAUCGAGGGUGAGCCCACAUUCACUACAGUGACCAGGGUGAUCGAGGGAGAACCAAGCAUCACAAAGGUCACCAGAGUUAUUGAGACUCACAGUGGUUCCUCAGAUGGAGGGCUGGAGACUGACGGAGACAUUAAGAGGAUUCUGGAAGAAGAGGUGUCUAAGGUAAAGAAGUUUCUGGAGAGUGAGGUUCAUAUUCUCCAGGAGGAAGAGAUCAAGAAACUCAUAGAGGGAGGUGCAACCGGAUACACAACGGAGGUCAUUGAGGGCCCAGAUUUCGCUAAGAUCACCACCAUCCACGGCAACCCGGAAAUGAUUGCCCAAGAGUCAGAGAGGAUCACCAAACUAAUCCAAGAUGGAGGCAGUAAGGGUGCCCCAGCUGGAGGCAGUAAGGGUGCCCCGGCCAAAAGAUCUCCAGCUGGUGUUAGGAGGAGGAAGGCAAGGCUGGUGAGACGCCACAACAACCAAAACCCACGUCCGGCCCUGACCCGUCCAAACCAGCUAAGACCAGUCCAGACCAGUCCAAACAAGCUAACACCAGUCCAGACCAGUCCAAACCAGUAAGGACCAGUCCAGACCAGUCCAAACCAGUCCAAACCACACCAGCCCUGCAGGAAUCCAUUUCCAGAUCAUUAUAGAGGCACAGCAAGGAAGAGAACAACACAACAACACUUUCUAUGUUCCCUUGAUGGGAAAAGAGAAAGUAUGAAAAGAUGUCUGUUUGAAAAUAUGUCUGUUUGAAAAUAUGUCUGUUUGAAAAUAUGUCUGUUUGAAAAGAUGUUGAUAAUAUUUUUUUUCAACCAAUUUUGUUCUCUGGGCAGAGGUGAAUAAUGAACAGUAGAGUGAAACAACUGGACCAAUGGUGUCGGACAUGAUGUGUCUUAACAAUGCUAAGACAAUCGGUUUUCCUACAUGAUGUACUUUAACAAUGCUAAGACAAUCGGUUUUUCCUACAUGAUGUGUCUUAACAAUGCUAAGACAAUCAGUUUUCCUACAUGAUGUACUUUAACAAUGCUAAGACAAUCGUUUUUUCCUACAUGAUGUCUUAACAAUGCUAAGACAAUCGGUUUUCCUACAUGAUGUACUUUAACAAUGCUAAGACAAUCGGUUUUUCCUACAUGAUGUAUUUUAACAAUGCUAAGACAAUCGGUUUUCUUACAUGAUGUACUUUAACAAUGCUAAGACAAUCGGUUUUUCCUACAUGAUGUGUCUUAACAACGCUAUGAUAAUCAGUUUUCUUACUUGUAAGUAAUAUAUGUAUGCAAGGACAUGUACUUUUAAGAACUUUUAUAAACUUUUACUGUGGUGCAGAUGAGGUAGAAGGUUUGAAAUAAUAUUUCUACAACGGAAAGAUGAUGUUUGUUUUUUUUUUUGCUCAGUUUAGUUUAAAUGAUGGCUUGAUCUGGAAGACUUUUUGUAUGUUUUAUAAUGGUGCUGGCAUUCUGUAUUACGGAUUAAUCUUGACCAAUAGGAAUGAAGCAUUGUGUAUUAUGGAUGUAUCUCAACCAAUAGGAACUAAGCAUACUAUUACAAAUGCAUCUCAACCAAUAGGAACUAAGCAAUACUAAUGCUGUACAUUAUAACAACCAACCAAACAGAAUCCUGUUUCGAUAGUUUAAUUCCGUAUCUGAAUGGACUAUUUUCUGAUUUCCUGUUUUGAUUGGUUGAUCUUUUAGCAAGGCUUCCUGCUGUUAGAACUGUUGCUGUUCAGUUGUACCAUUAUGCCUUUGCAAUCUAUGCACCUUCUUACCUCUGUGUUGUUCUGAAAAGAAAUGUUCAAUAAAAGUUACAGUUGAAUGUGAA